UUACUCUUGUUUACCAUAAGUAAUCUAUCAGAGAACAUUGUAGCUCUCUCUUCGAUUUGCCACAAGAGGUCGAUCGGGUUGCCUUCAAUGGCCGGCCGAGCCCCCGCCGUCGCCAUCGCCUUCCUCGUCCUCGUCGUCAUGCCGGGAAUGGCCUCCGCCGGAAAGAUCCCACGGUUCUUGGUAAGCCCAAAGACAGGAAAAGCGUUGCGGGACUUCUUCAAGAACCACGCGAAAGACGUGGUCGGCCUCCUCCCCACCGGCAGCCCCAGCAGCAGCCAGGGCGCGACGGCGCAGAUCACGGCAGCAGCAAUGCCCCGAGCCCGCCGACGCCGAGGCGUGCCCGCCACGCCCCGGCCACCACCGCCGUGACCUACAGCGUCGCCUUCGCCGUCGGCUCGCAGCAGGACUUCUCCGGCGCGCUCGACGUCACCAGUGAGUUCGUGUGGGUGCCGUGCUGCGCCACCGGCAACUCCUCCUGCGGCACGAACAACAACAUGCCCGGCGUGACGGUCUACGACGCGCGGCCCGAGGAGCUGUACAAAUGCGAGAGUGAUACCUGCCAGCGUAUCAUCAAGCCGACCUGCAACACGACGGGCGAUCUGUGCGAGUACACCUACACGUACGGGUACGGGGGUGACGACGGAAGGGAGACGACCGGCAACCUCGCCGUCCAAAACUUCACGUUCGGCGACGACAGCGAAGACACCGCCGUAAAGGGCGUCGUCACCUUCGGGUGCAGCUCCUCAACGGAGGGGGACUUCGGCGCGUCCGGCGUGCUCGGCCUCAACAAGGGGAAUCUCUCCCUCGUCUCGCAGCUCAACCUCGGGCGGUUCUCCUACUACUUCGCACCCGAGGUGAACACCACGGACAACAACGCAGCAGACGACUUCAUCGUCUUCGGCGACGACGACGGCAUCACCGUGCCAGGGAACAGCGGCGGCAGUCGUCCCCGCUACACGCCGUUCUUCACCACCGGCGCAGUCCGUAGCGCGAACCUCGACCUGUACUUCGUCGAGCUCACCGGCAUACGCGUUGGCGGCAAGGACCUGCAGCUCGGGGGCGGCGGCGGCGGCUCGGCGGGGGGAUCCCUGGAGGCGGUCCUGAGCACCUCCGUGCCAGUGACUUACCUCGAGAAGAACGCCUACGGCCUCCUGAAGAAGGAGCUGGUGAGCGCGCUGGGUUCCAACAACACGGAGGAUGGCUCCGCGCUUGGGCUUGACCUGUGCUACAGAAGCCAGCACAUGGACAGGGCGAAGAUCCCCGACAUAGCGUUCGUCUUCGGGGGAAACGCGGUGAUGAAGCUGCAGCAGUGGAACUACCUCUACCAGGACGAGGAUACCGGGCUGGAGUGCCUGACGAUACCGCCGUCGCCGGACGACAGCGAUGGGUUGUCGCUCAUCGGCAGCAUGAUCCAGACGGGCACGUACAUGAUCUACGACCUCCACAAGUCGAGGCUCGGGUUCCAGACGUCCGAUCCGCCGCCGUCCCAGUCAUCCGAUCUGCCGUCCAAUCCGACGUCAUCGGCUACCGCGCAGCCAAAGCCACGGGGGGUCGCGGUCGCGGUGGUGACGAUGGCAUGUUUCGUGUGGUGCCUUGUGGUGCUGAACGCCUGAACGUGGUCUCCUGAAACAACUACUACUACUAUUAUUAUGCUUUUAAUUACCUUUAAUUUUUUUCCUUGCUGUUAGGAUGCAUUAUAGUAGUUCAAUUCCAUUUCUUCUCAACAAACGUGGUUUAUUAUGAUAUUAUGUAAAAUCGGUUUGAGGGUGUUG